AUGAAGCGACCCACCCUGCGAGGUGCGGCCUUCUCUGCUCACCUUGUCGGCCUCGCGCUCGGUCAGGGCGAUGGGAAUGGAACGUUUGCUUCCGUCGUCCUCAUCGAGGAUCAGCUGGUCCACUUCAGCUGCGAAGGUGUCACCCUCACCGGCCCGCACGAAGGCGUCGCCACUCGAACGCUCGUCGGCGUCACCCCGAGCGGAGGCCCCUUGGUGGGCACCGUCACCGCGACCCUGAUAGGACCGACGCCGGGAACCAACACGGUUCCGCCGCCGGCCGAUUGCAGCGAGAUAUGCGUCACGACCGUUCAAAUAACCAUAACCCCCCCUUCCAGCCCGGGCGCCGGCAGUUCGAGCCCCGGCGUCGGCAGUCCCACCCCCGGCGCCGGCAGCUCCAUCCCGGCCGUCGAGAGCUCGAGCCCGGCCGUCGGCAGUCCCACCCCGGGCGCUGGCAGUUCGAGCCCGGCCGUCGAGAGCUCGACCCCGGCCGCCGGCGGUUCCAGCUCGAGCGUCAUCACCGAGACUCACAUAGGAUCGACGUCCGGAACCAGCACCGUCAUGCCGUCGUCUGAUUGCACCGACAUAUGCGUCACGACCGUUCAGGUAACAAUAAUCGCCACCACCCCGGCCGCCGGCACCUCUGGCACCGCCCCCAACGCCAGCAACUUGGUGACUCGGACCACCACGGGACCGACGGCGGGAACGUCGACGAUUCCUCCGGCCGCCGACUGCACCACAUCCUGUCAAACCACUCUCUUGGUCACCGUGGCGCCCAUCAUUGAUCCUCCAAAGCCGAUUCCCAGCGUCAGCGCCACCAUCUAUUCCACUUUCUCGACCACCGGACCGACGGCAGGGACGUCUACAUAUCCCGUACCGGAUGGCUGUACCGAAGGCUGCGUGGCCACCGUCAUGGUCACAAACGCCCCUAUUAUCGAUCCGCCAAAGCCGACUCCCAGCGUCGGCGGUCCCAGCGUCAGCGGUACCAGCUAUACCACUUUCUCGACCACAGGACCGACGGCAGGGACGUCCACGUAUCCCGUACCAGCCGGCUGCACCGAAAACUGCGUUGCCACUGUCAUGGUCACCGAGGCUCCCGUCGUCGAUCCCUCCCCCAACGUCAGCAGCCCCAGCGUCAGCGGCACCAGCUAUACCACUUUCUCGACCACAGGCCCGACCGCGGGGACGUCUACCUAUCCCGUACCAGCCGGCUGCACCGAAAACUGUGUUGCUACUGUCAUGGUCACCAACGCCCCCAUCAUCGAUCCUUCGAAGGCGACUCCCAGCGUCGGCGGCCCCGGCGUUAGCAGCACCAGCUAUACCACUUUCUCGACUACGGGACCGACAGCAGGAACGUCUACAUAUCCCGUACCGGAUGGCUGCACCGAAAACUGCGUUGCUACCGUCAUGGUUACAAACGCUCCUAUCAUCGAUCCUCCCAAGCCGAUUCCCAGCGUCAGCGGCACCAGCUACACCACCUUCUCGACCACAGGACCGACGGCAGGGACCUCUACCUAUCCCGUACCAGAUGGUUGUAUCGAAGGCUGCGUGGCCACCGUCAUGGUCACCAACGCUCCCAGCGCCACCGGCACUAGCUACACUACCUUCUCGACCACGGGACCGACGGCAGGGACCUCUACCUAUCCCGUACCGGUUGGCUGUACUGAAGGCUGCGUGGCCACCGUCAUGGUCACUAACGCUCCCAGCGCCACCGGCACCAGCUACACCACCUUCUCGACCACGGGACCGACGGCAGGGACCUCUACCUAUCCCGUACCAGAUGGUUGUACCGAAGGCUGCGUGGCCACCGUCAUGGUCACCAACGCUCCCAGCGCUACCGGCACCAGCUAUACCACCUUCUCGACCACAGGACCGACGGCAGGGACCUCUACUUAUCCCGUACCGGAUGGCUGUACCGAAGGCUGCGUGGCCACCGUCAUGGUCACCAACGCUCCCAGCGCCACCGGCACCAGCUAUACCACCUUCUCGACCACAGGACCGACGGCAGGGACCUCUACCUAUCCCGUACCAGAUGGUUGUACCGAAGGCUGCGUGGCCACCGUCAUGGUCACCAACGCUCCCAGCGCUACCGGCACCAGCUACACAACCUUCUCGACCACGGGACCGACGGCAGGGACCUCUACGUUUCCCGUGCCGGAUGGCUGUACCGAUGGUUGCGUUGCCACCGUCAUGGUCACUGUAACCCCCAGCGCCACCGGCACCACCUACGUUACCAAGUCGACUACAGGACCGACGGCAGGGACGUCCACAUUUCCCGUACCGGAUGGCUGCUCAGAAGGUUGCGUUGCCACCGUCAUGGUCACUGUAGCUCCUAUCAUUGAUCCUCCCAAGCCGACGCCCAACAUCAGCGCCACCAGUUACGUUAUAAGGUCGACGACGGGACCGACGGCGGGAACGUCUACCAUUCCCGCACCGGAUGGCUGCACGGGAGGCUGUGUGGCCACCGUCGUCGUCACCGUCGCUCCCUCGGAGACCGAUCUGGAGAACAGAUGCACGCCGGGCUUGAGAUGGGCCUACUUCAAAUGCAGCCAAUCGCCCGGGGGGUACAUUGGCAAGCGACAGAUGCCGUACAACAAUGACUAUGACAUUCACGGCUCGUGGAUCAACAGCUUCGAUCCCAAGGCCAUUCUCUCCGGGGAAUCGCCGGAUCGGACCGGUUCGACACCUUCCAUCGGCUUCGCGAGCCCCGGUCAACCGGUCAUCUACGGGCAGAACAUUGGUCAGCUGGCAUUUAGCAUCGUUCAGCAUGUCGGCUACUUCCACCCUGCGAUGACGGGCACGUAUACCUUUACCUUCAACCUCUGCAUCGAUGACGGCGCCCUGCUCUGGAUUGGAAAGAACGCCAAGAAAAACUGGAAUCGGAGCAACGCGAACAUGGCGUCGGGUUACAUCAACUGGAAGACGCAACCGAAUAAGGCGAAUGUCCCUUCGAGCUUUACUUUCGACGCCGUGAAGGGUAGUUUUGUCCCCAUCCGAAUCGUUUACGGCAACGCCCAAGGCGGUGCUCUAUUUUCCUUUUCCAUCAAAGACCCUACCGGCAAGCUCAUCGCCUCGACGUACUCGAAUCCCAGCGCCAACAUUGAGCACGUCUUGCCCAUUCAAAAUCGCCAGCUCGUCUUUGGCUGUCCAUCCGACUCGAGGGCGAAGCCGUUUGCUUUUUAA